AUGGCAGCAAUCUGGAAAACCCAAGCUCUGAAAGCACAAUCCAUCCUUCGAGAGUCUAUUCCAAAGCAAUGGAUUGUCCCCGUCGACAAGCUUCCUCCUCCUACACAACUCAACGUGACUGAUUUCCCGCGCAAAAGCGGGAUGCUGAGCGAGAGAGAGCUCGCCAUCACGGGGAUGUCUGCUACGGCUCUUGUAGCUGCUAUGGGAGAGGGGAAGCUCAGUGCGGAGGAAGUAGUCGUGGCGUUCCUGAAGCAGGCUGUUAUAGGGCAUCAGUUGUUGAAUUUUGCUACGGAGUUUAUGGCUGAGAAGGCUAUCUCACGAGCUAAAGAGUUGGAUCAGUACUUUGAGAAAACGGGGAAGUUGAUCGGACCGUUGCACGGUGUUCCAAUUAGUGUCAAGGAGCAUAUUGGAAUCAAGGGCUUGACCUUGAAUGGAGGCUAUGCGACCUGGGUCGAUGAUAUCGCAAUGGAAGAUGCUCUCCUACUACAAUGUCUAGCGAAAGCGGGUGCCGUCUUCCAUGUUCGGACGAACCAGCCUCAGUCUCUCAUGGAGCAUCUUUGUUGCAGCAACAACCUCACGGGAACCACCUUGAACCCCUUCAAUCGCACUCUCACCCCUGGCGGCUCCUCUGGAGGGGAAGGCGCAUCAAUGGGAUUCAAGUGUGCCCCCCUUGGUAUUGGAACGGAUAUCGGUGGUUCGAUCAGAUGCCCGGCGGCAUUCUGCGGUGCAUACGGCUUUCGUCCGACGGCACGCCGAAACCCGAGUUCGGGGCUCAAGCUGCCUGAGCCAGGCCAUGAAUCCAUUCUUGGUGUGAUUGGUCCGCUCGCAAGUCAGUCUGUUGAGGAUCUGGAUCUGUUUCAGCGUGCAGCUCUAGCACAGGAGCCGUGGGAUAUUGAGACAUCCUUGGUACCGGCUCCUUGGAGGAGAGUUAGCCCGACGAAGGAUAUGACGGUGGCUAUAAUGUGGGAUGAUGGGUGUGUUCGACCUUACCCACCGGUUGCACGGGCUUUACUGUAUGCGCAAGAGAAACUGUUGGCUGCUGGUAUCAAAGUGGUCGAUUGGGAGCCCUACAAGCAUGCUCACGGGUGGGAGAUUAUCUCCUCUCUUUACUUCCCCGACGCAGCCUCCAGCCAGCGAGCCCUAAUCGCAGAAACCGGCGAGCCUAUUCUCCCUCUUACCGAGUGGGCCUUCCAAUACAGCCGCUCAGUGCCACUGACCGUCGCCGAGAACUGGGAACUCAAUUUUCAGCGUGACGUCUAUCGAGACGAAUACCAUGCGCUCAUGAAAUCACGAGGGGUUGACUUCAUCCUCUGUCCCGCAUAUGUCGGCGCUGCUGCCGUGCUGGGGGAGUCCCAUUACUGGAACUACACAGCGAUCUGGAAUAUCCUUGACCAGCCCGCUGUUGUAUUUCCGAGUGGGUUAAUUGUAGAUCCAACGUUGGAUUCUGUCAGGGAUAGUGAGUACCAGCCGCGAAGUGCGAUUGAUGAGCGUGAGUGGAAGAAGUAUACCCCGGAGAGAUAUGCUGGUGCUCCUAUCGGGCUGCAGCUGGUUGGGAAGCAUUUCAGAGAUGAGGAGACAUUGGCAGCUGCGAAGUUGGUCUCGGCGGUGGUGCUGGGGAGGACGGAGGGUGCCAAACUGUAA